GUGAUUGUUGUUAAGGACCAAAUUCAGAGAAGUGCCUUGGCAUGGAAAGCAAGGUUUUAUAAAUAUAUCUUACGAGCUAUUUAUUGCUCUUCUUCUUUUCCUCUUUCUCUCUCGCUUCUUCGGAUGAAUGUACACUUAUCCAACUGACUCCCCCAUUCCACGCACUCCUCCAAAUAUGUAUCCUAUGGAACCCAGGCAUUAUCAUUCGGAGCACGAAUACCUUCAGUCACCACAUUCAGGUUACCCAGAAACAACGCCUUACCCACCGUUUGAUUCGGUUCCUACUCCUCCAGUACAUGACGUUGGUGCCAGUACAGCCCUCAACCACGGCUCCUAUCCAUCAGAUUUUGGCCAUCCACGUCCUCGUCCACAAAAUUCAGAGCUGGGCCUAGCUCCGCAACGUCAGGUACGGCGCUAUAAUACUACACGACGAGUUCAACUGGUUCGAGGUAAUCUCGUACUAGACUGUCCCUGCUCUACCCGGCUACUGGCUGCCGUUCCACGUAAGGACGGAAAGGAAUUUACGCAUAUGAGGUAUACAGCGGCUACGUGUGAUCCGUCUGAAUUUGCCAAGGAUUAUACACUGCGUCAAGCACUGCUGGGCAGGUCAACUGAGUUGUUUAUAUGCAUCACAAUGUAUAACGAAAAUGAGGUCUUAUUUACACGAACGAUGCAUGGUGUGAUGAAGAAUAUCGCCUACCUAUGUACAAAAGAGAGGUCCAGAACAUGGGGCGUGAACGGAUGGCAAAAAGUCACGGUAUGCAUUAUAGCGGAUGGUAGAUCAAAAAUCCAUCCUCGGACUCUAGCGGUAUUGGCGGCUAUGGGAGUGUACCAAGAUGGCGUUGCCAAAAACGAGGUCAAAGGCAAAGAGGUCACAGCUCAUAUUUACGAGUACACAACCCAAUUAUCCGUGGAUUCCGGCAUGAAAUUCAAGGGCGCGGACAAAGACAUUGUACCCACUCAAAUUAUAUUUUGUCUGAAGGAAAAGAAUGCAAAAAAGAUCAAUUCACAUCGUUGGUUCUUCCAAGCCUUUGGUCCCAUCAUUCAGCCUAACGUGUGUGUGCUAUUGGAUGUCGGAACGCGACCCGGUAACACGUCUAUCUACCACUUGUGGAAGACCUUUGACGUCAACUCAAAUGUCGCUGGGGCCUGUGGAGAGAUCAGAGCUAUGACAGGAACUGCCGGUGUCAACCUCAUCAACCCAUUAGUGGCCGCUCAAAAUUUCGAAUACAAGAUAUCCAACAUCCUUGACAAGCCUUUAGAGUCCGUUUUUGGGUACAUCAGCGUUUUACCAGGUGCCUUUUCCGCUUAUCGCUAUAUUGCUCUACAAAACGAUGUCGAUGGAAAAGGACCGCUUGAGAAAUAUUUCCUUGGUGAAACUCUUCAUGGAGGGAUCAAAUCAGGCAUCUUCGAAGCCAACAUGUAUUUGGCUGAAGAUCGUAUAUUAUGCUAUGAGCUGAUUGCCAAAAAAAAUCAUGCGUGGCUGUUGAAGUAUGUGUCCAAAGCCUAUGGAGAAACAGAUGUUCCAGAUGCUAUUCCAGAGUUUAUAUCACAACGUCGUCGAUGGCUCAACGGUUCUUUCUUUGCUGGCAUCUAUGCUCUUUGGCACUGGGGCAAAAUCUUUCAAACAGCUCACUCAUCAGGAAGGAAAAUAGCUCUUUUAGUUGAAAACAUUUACCUGACCAUCAACCUGUUAUUUUCAUGGUUUGCUAUCGGCCAAUUCUUCCUCAGUUUCUUCAUCCUAACUGAAGCCAUUGUCACUAUUAAAAACCCACCCUUCUCAUCAAGUGUUGCUAAUAUUGUACAUCAAAUAUUAACUUAUGUAUACCUUAUCCUCAUCAUUGUAUUAUUCUUAAUUGCUAUGGGUAACCGACCUCAAGGAUCAAAGGCGGCUUAUACAGCUUGUUUUGUAUUUUUCGCUCUGCUGAUGAUCUACAUUAUGUUCUGCUCAGUGUGGUUAGCGGUUAGCGGAGUACAGCAAGCAUUAUCAGAAUCUCCAGGAGCUUCGCUGAUUAGCAACGGUGCCUUUAGAGAUAUUGUUGUCUCAGUAGCUGCUACAUAUGCUCUUUAUCUUGUAUCAAGUAUUAUGUUCUUGGAUCCCUGGCAUAUGAUCACCAGCUUUGCGCAAUAUUUGUUGCUAAUGCCAAGUUAUAUCAACAUUUUGAAUAUAUACGCCUUCUGUAAUACACACGAUGUCAGUUGGGGAACCAAAGAUCAAACAGGUGUAGCAACGGACUUGGGUGUAGUCUCGCAAGCAUCGCAUGGUGAAAAUACGGUGGAAGUCAGCUUGCCGACCGAACAAAGAGAUAUCAACGAACUCUAUGAAGAUGCAUGCCGAGAGCUUCAGAAGAAGCCAGCGCAGGAGACCUCGCAUCGAGAUGCUAGGACCAAGCAAGAAGACUACUACCGAGCUUUCAGAACUAGGCUUGUUGUAUGCUGGAUAAUAAGCAAUUUAAUUCUUGCUAUUGUUGUAGCAAAUGCUACCAUUCUUGAAUGGCUAGGUGACUUUGAUACUCGUACCAACGGCUACCUUGCCUUUGUAUUAUGGAGUGUUGCUGCACUUGCUGCGUUUAGAUUCGUUGGUAGUUUAAUCUAUCGUAUAUCGACAUUGUUUAGCGCAUGAGGCAUUAUAUCCUAUUCUGUGUAUUUUUCUGGCGGAGUAUUUUUUUUCUCAAUCCUACCAAAAAUAUAGCGCAGACAUUUUUUUUCUAUUGUCGACGAGUUCUUCUUGGCCUUCUUUAAACCUCCUAAUUUAUCCUUGUCCAUUGUGUAAUGACCAAUUCAUCACGAUUGACGUUGCUCAGGUUAUCUAUA